GAGGAAAACAGGAAAAAAAUAUUCUGAACCAAUGGACUGCAGACAUAGUACAGGAAAUGUCCAGAGACUACAGACACAGGAGAUGACCAGAGACUGCAGACACAGUACAGGAUAUGACCAGAGAACGCGGACACAAUAUAGGAGAUGACCAGAGACUGCGGACACAGUACAGGAGAUGUCCAGAGACUGCAGACAUAGUACAAGAGAUGACCAGAGACUGCGGACAUAGUACAGGGGAUGACCAGAGACUGCGGACACAGUACAGGGGAUGACCAGAGACUGCGG